AUGAAGCAAAUUAAUGGACUGCAACACCUUCAAAGAAACGUGCUUUGUGCGAAAACGUUUAUUCGUGGAGAAGCAACGACUGCAAAAAAUACGCCAGUCGUUGGCAGACGACCUAUUCCCAAUGCCGCACAAAUGGAGAGACUGAAACAGGUCGGAAGGGAUCUUAUAGAUGCAAGAGCACAAAAGAAGCAGCAAUAUUGGGAAAAAGCAUCUAUCCAACAGCGACGUGCUUGGGAGGAGUCUGAAAUAGGACGACUCUCGCGGGCAAACAAGGUCAAAUCUCAAGAAAGACUAGAGUUUGAGGCGUCUCGAGAGGAACAAGAUUUGGGAGAUGCGACACCGUCUUUGAUAGACGUUGAGAUUGUGACCAGACCACUUCCAGGUUCAUUUGUGGAGCUAAGAAGGAACGCCGCGGUUAUCCACGGGGUGCUCAUCAACGAGCAGCCGGUUUCGGGCGUCGUCAAGAUCAACACACUUACCCAACGAGGGGAAAUAUGGACACAUAAUCCAAACGAUAUCAUGUUCUCUAUUCCCGACUUUGUACCGACGCACCUCGUAGAACAAAUACGGAUACAGGACGAGUCCCCAACCAAAAAGGACUUGUUGACUCGACUGUCCAUCAUGAAACGCAUCAACGCCUUUGAGCAGGAUAUAGCAAAGAUGGAGAGUCGGUUCGCGCCCCGUGUGUCAAAAAUAUAUGCUCAAACCAUUGGCCAGAGGGAGAAUGAAUGGUCACGCAUCUCUGUGGAUAAAAUUGUUUCCAUGGACUCUAGCAUCGGGGAUGAUGCUAGUCGCACAUCAGCUCGCGUAGCUGUCCACAAGCUCCUGAUGGCGGAUCCAAUCCAUUUCGUCGCACGAGCGCUGCACCGUUCCUCACUCGAAUUUAGCGCACGCCCAAAAUCUGAAGUGGAGAAUAUUCACCGCGUUAUCCAGUGGGUGCGCAAAAACUCCCCCGAAUUAAACAACUUUCUCGACAAAGCCAAGGACAUUGUAGCUAUAUCGCAAAAUUUGGUCGGUCGAGGGGAGGACGGCCCGCCAGCCCUUGCAACAGUAGCACUCCCCUCAUUCACCGAGUCGGAUCAGCACAUUAUACGUUUCCUUCGGUGUGCUCUGCGCAGUCAUUCGGCACAUCAACCCAGCCCCUACGACGCAUUCGCGCCGACAAUCUUGAAGAGGCUGGCAAUAUAUAAGCGAGAUAUUACGGAUGACGUUAUAUUCGGCUUCUUGCAAGACAUUGGCGCUCUCUCGCCGUGGCAGGACCGUACCAACCUCACGGAGGAACGGACAAUCGCCGAGGGUGGCCCGUAUACUGUCGCCCCUGUGGAUACAUCAAGUCUACUCUCUUCUGAUCCACAUUAUGAUCAAAGACAUGACUGGGGACAAUUGCCCGUCUUUGUCAUCGACAGCGCGGAUGCGCACGAGUUGGACGACGGCAUCUCGGUGGAACCGCAGCCAGAUGGAUCUGCAUGGGUUCACGUUCACGUCGCAGACCCCACGUCACGACUACCAAGAAGUCACCCCAUCGCGCUAACAGCCGCUUCACGCGGAAGUACAAUAUAUGGGUCACAAGAGACCAUUCCCAUGCUCCCAAACAGCUAUGCUAUGACAGAACAUAGCCUAGGUGCAUUGGGUGAAGGAAAAGGCCAAAGUGUUCUCACCUUUAGUACACGGGUUGACCAACAGGGUGGCAUCAUCGACUCUUGCGUUCGUGUCGGAAUCGUCCACAACAUCCACGUACUCACGUACAAAGGCGUAGAAAAGAGUCUAGGUAUUGAUAUACCGUACUACACAUCACCAUUUGGAAACGUGAAACAAGAGGAUCCUGGGAGACCAGUGCCACAGGAGAUUCUUUCGGAGCUCAAAGCGCUCCAAAAAAUCGCAGAAAAUCAACAGAAGCGUCGAUUUGAUGCUGGUCGGUUCUCUUGGCACGUGCCAAAAGCGAAUGCUCGCUUUCCAGACAAGCCGAUACCCGCGUCAGAGCAAAUACCCCAGUUGUGGACAGGCUUCCCGACCAUAGAGUACACAGUAGAGCCCGGGAUUCUUUCUCCUGCUCGUCAACUGGUCGCACAAGCCAUGAUCCUCGCCGGGCAAGCUGCUGGACGCUUUUGCGCUGAGAGAGGAUUGCCAGCUCUUUUCCGCACAUCGCCCCAGCCACUCGGGCUACAGGAGAAACACCUUAACCUGGGGCCAGUAGUACCGAUGGCGAUCGCGCUCAAGCAACGGGUUGCUGGCGUUCCAGCCUAUUACUCUGUCAACCCCUCGGCCCAUUGGGCGCUGGGCGUCGACGGAGAACAUGGCUACGUCCGCGUGACGAGCCCUUUGCGGCGCUUCUCAGACAUGGUCAUGCAUUGGCAGAUCAAGAGCGCCUUACUCAACCCGGCGUCGCCAGAGAUCUCCAAAGACGAGAUGGAGAGCUACGCUGCUAGACUUCACGAACGAGAGCGACUUGUAACCGCCCUUUCGAGAAGCCAGAAUAGUUAUUGGGCAUCAGUGUUCAUUCAACGGCGACUCCGCCACGAACCAGGAGACUCCGUGCUGGGGAAUCAAAAGGGCCUCAUAUCUUCUCUGCCGGAAUUAGAGACGUUCUCGAGAGAAUACGUCACCGGUGUAGUCCUUCCAGAGCUCGGUCUCAAGGGAUGGUUGUAUUCAUCUACGAAAUCAGCAUUGGGGUUAGGAGACGAGGUGCAGGUCCGUGUCACCGAUGUGACGAUGAUAGGGAAGCCCAGAGUACGAUUAUCCUUGUUGGAAUAA